AUGGCUGCGCACGACGAUAGCGCAGGUGGGGAGCUUGGGGCCAAGACGCAGCAGAGCCCGCUUGCGAGCCAGAGAGCCGAGGGCCAGGCUCCAGGGCGCAUCGCGAAGUGGUUCCCGUUGAGCGCGAGCGAGGGCUUCUCGCAAUGGUGGGCCGGCCUCUCCCCCAUGGCCACCGAGCACCGCGUGCUCUCCUUCGUCCCCCACCUGCAGAGUCCGCCGACACAUACACAGACGGGCUCGGCGCCCGCGUCGACGGCGGAUCUCACAGCAGCACCGCCCAGGACCUCCGAAGACCGCGUCACCACCAGCGCGCUCACAGAUCCGUACGGCCCGCGCAGAUGGAACUCGCAGAUGGUCGAGCUGAGCGGCAAAGGGCGCGCCCUGAACGAGUUCAGCGUGGAGCGUCUGGGCGAGGAGGUUGAGGAGAACCUGGUCAUGCUCCACGGCUACGGCGCAGGACUGGGCUUCUUCUACCGCAACUUCGAGGCCCUCUCGCGCGCUGAGGGCUGGAAGGUGUACGCUCUGGAUCUGCCCGGCAUGGGCCGCAGCAGCCGCUCGACUUUCAAAAUCAACGCAAAAGACAAGGACGGCAAGAUUGCAGAAGCCGAGUCCUUCUUCGUCGACGCCCUGGAGGAGUGGCGCAUCAAGCGCGGCCUCGAGCGCUUCACCCUGCUCGGUCACAGUCUGGGCGGCUACCUCGCUGUUGCAUACGCUCUGAAAUACCCAGGCCACUUGAACAAGUUGAUCCUUGCAAGUCCUGUCGGCAUACCAGAAGACCCCUACGCAGUGAACGAGGAGAUGCCUGAUCCCAACGACUCCACCAUGGUCAACGAGUUCACCCAGGACGCCUCGGCGCCGCGCAACGGCGUCCCUCCCACGACAGCAGACAACAACAACUUCCUCAAUCAGGCGAAGAAGAACGCUGAAAAGCCCGACCAGCCGCCGCGCCGCCGCAUGCCCGGCUGGCUCACAUACCUGUGGGAAGCCAACGUGCUGUCCCCCUUCUCGUUCGUCCGCUGGAGUGGGCCGCUGGGCCCGCGCCUGGUCUCAGGCUGGACAAGCCGGCGCUUCUCACAUCUGCCGGAAGAGGAAGCGCAGGCGCUGCACGACUACAGCUACGCGCUCUUCCGCCAGCGGGGUAGCAGCGAGUACGCCCUGGGCUAUCUGCUUGCGCCUGGCGCCUUCGCACGCUCACCACUGAUCCGCCGCAUCCAAGGCGUGGGCCGACAGUGGAUAGGCCCGCACGCCACCCCAUCCGUAGACGGCGACACACCUCCUGCGAAUCUCUCGCAGCCGAAACGCGAGAAUGGCAUCCCCAUUGUCUUCAUGUACGGCGAGAACGACUGGAUGGACGUCGAGGGCGGCCGCGCCGCGCAACAGAAACUCAACGAGGAGCGCACACGUCUUCUCGCCGGCAAGAGUCCAGAGGAGCGUGCUCAGGAUAAUGCGAGCGCGAAGGUCGUCAUCAUUAAAAAGGCAGGGCAUCAUGUGUAUCUCGAUGGGUGGGACCAGUUCAACAAUGUCAUGCUGGAGGAGAUGCGGGAGACAAAGGCACAGAGCAAGGCGGUGCAGGAGCGAUGA